AUGACAUCCCCUCGCGAUCGCAUCGGUUCCAUCUACCUGAAGAUCGGCGACAUCAUCAAUACCCUCGUCGAGCACGCCCAAGGCGAUUUGUCCAGGGCAGAAGCAGACGCGUGGAUGGAGAACUGGAGGAAGCUGAAAGAGGGACUCGACCAGCUGAUCCUGAUCGGCGUGCGCAACAAGGGUCUCACCGCAACUCAAGGCACGCGGGAACAGAUCCUCUCGCCCGUCUUACAGAAGCAUGCGCCGCUCUUCGUUUUGAUGGAAAAUGAGCCAGUGACUCGUUCAGAAACAGCAUCAGAGAGCAUGGAUCGGGCUACAGACAUCCUCGCAUGUGUGGAGAGCCGACUGUUCAAGCCUAACUCUUGUGCUCCUGCAGCUCUUUGCCAGCAGACCUUGCCUGCCAUGGACGCGCUGACACCAUCGGAACGCGAGCGCUUGAGUGCGGACGGCAACGUCGAUUUGGUCCGCCUCGUCAGAGGACCUCAGGAGGUGCAGCGUUGGAGCUCUGCGCUUCGUGUGUGGAAGCCGCCCCGCAAGCUUCUGAGAGUGCAUCUAGAACACAACGAUUUGAACGAAAUCGAUGUUGCGCAGCUCCUGGGUGCCAUCAACGGCGCGGUGGAAGCCAUUUAUCUUCAUCAUAAUAGGCUUCGCAGCACCUGGCCGCUCGCCGCAUUCUUCAAGAAGCACGCAAACGUUUUGCGAGAGGUGCACCUCAGUCACAACGAGCUGUGCACCUUGGCAUCUGAAGCUUUGUUGCUACAGGUUGGGUCACCCAAUGCAGAAAAUGCAGACGACAACACGUACUUGAAGGCAUGUUCUUGGAUCCGCCUUGAGUUCAACUGCAUCGACGUCGAGAAGCUCAGUCGCCGCUUACCCCCAAGCAUCGCACAACGGAUGCAAUUAGCGGACAUCGGCUGCACGCCGACACGUUGCUGCUGCAAGAGCCAGAGACGCGCGGUGCCCCGCAUCCAUUCCAAGUUCUUGUCGUUGCAGUACAGCGUCAUGCCGGACGACUGA